ACCAUGAUGAUAUGGCUUUAAAACUUAGUUUCUGCCGCACAAAGUUGUUUAUUCUGAAGUUGUAGGCUCCCCUUUCUACCUUCAGAUAUGAGUCGGUCUGAUAUAUUCAUUCUGAUGAUCAUCAUUCCUCUUACUUUCUUUCAGUCAGUAAGAGGGAAAAACUGUGUGUGCGAUCUAAAAAAUUCAGAUCCUGCUUUCCCUGAGCACAAACUAACCAAAGUAGAGACCACUUCCAGGCAAUGCAUUGAGAGAAUCACUUCAGAAAGGAUAACAGAAUUAGACAGACUUCUGUUGGGUCUGCAACAACGUAUCAAGCAACUAGAGGAGAAUGUGGUCGUGCUGGAAAAGGAGGAUGACACGAAUCUUUAUGGGGCCGUGUCUCUGCGCAUUAUUGAGUUAGAGUUUGCCGAAAUUCAGGACCUCCUCAAAAAACUCAACGAGACCAUCGGCAAUUACCAUCACCUCAAUGCACAGGCUGCAACUCAGCUUGAAGACAUGAAGGACACAAUGGGGGAGCUGGAGGAGUUUGACAACAUGCAGAUGAUUAAGAAAGAUCGUGAGAACCAACGUGUUAAGAGGGGCCUGGAAGAAUGCAAAAAUAAGCUUAAGGCUACAUUACCACCUCCUACAGUCCUUCCAGGGCGCUGUGGUCUGGGUCAGAUGGUCAGCGUGGCCGGACCUAGAACAUCUUCCCUCACUGCAUACAGCACCUCCUACUCUUACGGUGCUUGGGGUCGAGAUGUAAAACCUGCUCGAGGAGACGAGAACAAGUACUGGCUGGUGGUGCUGUCAAAUAGUAAUGUAUAUGGCCACUUUGUCCGUCAGUACGGCACCUUGAGUACUCUCUUAUUAGGUAUAGGACCGAAAGAUACAUACAUAUCAGGCUCCAAUCCCACAACAAACACAAUUCAGGGGUCAAACAUGGUCGUGUACGCCAAUGCUCUCUACUAUAACUGUUACAACACGUAUUCUGUCUGUCAGUUCAACAUGACGACUCGUGCUGUCAGUACAGUGGCUUUACCGAGUGAUACAGGUUACAAUAACAAGUUUCCAUUCGCACACCUCGGCACAACAUACAGCUAUACUGAUAUGGAUUUUACCACAGAUGAAUCAGGUGUCUAUGUCAUAUAUGCAACCACAAGCAACUUCGGAAAUGUAAUCAUCACUAAAGUCGAGACUAGUAACCCACCGGUUUUGGGCCAAACGUGGACCACUUCCCUUCACAAAAAGACUGCCACAAACACCUUCAUGGUGUGCGGUGUGCUUUAUGCGACUCGUUACCUGGAUAAAGAAACAGAACAGAUCUUUUACUCUUAUGACACUGAAACCAAAAAAGAGCGCUUUGAUUUGAAAAUAAAUAUCAAGAAGAUGAAGACUAAUAUUGAGUAUCUUAACUAUGAUCCCCGAGAUCGUUUACUGUACAUCUACAGUGAUGCCUACAUUUUAACUUACGAGCUUGUAUUUCAGUGAUUUUCCAAUGACUUGAUUUAUUACAUGAGAAUUAUUUUACAUACUGUCUGAACUCAAUAGUAUGAAAAAUUCGAAAUGAGUUAUCUUAUAGUUAAAAAGAAUGUUUAUGUGUUUGCGGGGUUUUAAACAUAUAAACCCAAUUAAUGCAAUCUAUUACUUCCUAAUCUAUAAUGUUUUACAAUUAUUGUAACACAGAUUGCAAUCAUUUGUUGGGGUCUAAAGUAUCAAGAAAAAAAAUUUAGUUGUAUACAUAUGAUUAUUUGUGUCCUAUCUUGCCAUACAUUCAAUAUUCUGUUCUUUCCCUAUCACCAGUGAAGUUGUUCUUUUAGUUUAUAGUACGUUUAAUGAACCCCAGCUUUUUUCACCAUGCACACAUCUUUAAAUGCUUAGGUUUGUUAUAUGAGGUGAAGAAAUGCACAAAUGUAUUACAUUUCUUAAAAUAAAUUACAGCAAAGUUUUAAAAAUAAGUGUGCUGGU